AUGGUAAAUGUUCACAAAGGAAUUCUUGUUAAAUGUGAUCCAGCUAUGAAACAGUUUCUCUUACAUUUGGCAGAAAAUUUGGUUUUGGGCAAAAAUUUUGUUCAUACUGACCUAGAUGAUUAUCAUUUGUUUAUUGAUGCAGAUAUCCUUAGUAAAUUACAGGAUAAAGUAGAUGGUCUGAUGGAAAGUUUAUCUUUUCCAAUGACAGUUGAUAAUGAAUGA